AUGAAGACGUUGCACUCGCUGCUGGAAGGAACAGUAAACGUGUACACGAUGGACCACCGUGGCACAGGACGCAGCACAUUGUUUGAUUGUGUGGCAGCUCAAGUCACCACCACGGGAUCCCCAAAAGGCAGCAAAAUUGAUCCGUCGGAGGUUCCCGCAUGCGCCGAAGAACUGCAAAUCAAAUAUGGGACCUUGCAUCUUUUUCUGUGA